AGCAUGGUUUCGAGAACUCCCAUUAUAUCUACGAGAAUAUUUCAGGCACUCCUUGUCUUUUAUCGGUGUGCACUGAAUCUAAAUUCAUGUUAUAAUUUCGGUUAUCGAGUUCUGCCCAUAGGCAUUUUGCUGCACCUGCACACUUACGGCGUACAGAAGUGGAUGAAGCAGAUGGGAAGGCAGCUUACGAUACAAGGAUGUCUCAUACCUCUGUGCUGGCUAUGUUGACUGCGCCGCUCUAUGAAAAUCGCUACACUUCACAACCCCCCCGGCAUGAACGAUUUGCUGCCAGCAACUCGGCGCGUGAUGCAUUGACGUCCGUGCGGUUGUGUCGACUUGCCGUAAAUGUCCGCAGCGUGAGUGCUGGAGACGCUGCUCAGGCAAGGCCUUACAUCAGAUUUGUGGGUGUGAAGAACUCCGAGUUACUGAAUCCAUCCCAACCACUCCACUGCUUCACCAAACCCAGGGAGAUACGGCGUUGGUGCGAUAAGCGAGACAACCGGAAUUCCACACGUGUGAUGCUACCGAUUGGAAUCUUUCGUAGACGUUUGUGUUGGUCUAAAGUGUUGGCCGGUGCACGUUCCAUGCAUCUGACUGAGGAGCAAGACGCGUAG